AUGGUUCUGAUUAAAUUCACAAACUGCCGAAUUUUACAGGGUGACAAACUUGUGAAUGAGGACUUCUGUAUCUGCACAAAUGCAGGAAAGAUCGUUGAUGGACAAGAGGCUUUUUAUCAUUCAUCAAGCCUUCAUACUGAUAUCAUUGAUGCAGGAGGAAAAAUUAUUUCACCCGGUCUGAUUGAUUGUCAGGUUAACGGCGCUUUUGGAUUCAAUUUUUCAACCAUACCGGAUGACAUGAACGCAUAUGUCAGCAGCCUUGGUUGUAUCAAAAGUUCAAAGGUCCUUCCAUUCCAUAAGCCAACCGGCUUGCGUAUCGCAAAAGCUGGCGCUGAGAGUCUUGGCGCGCACUGCGAGGGCCCUUUCUUAAAUCCUACGAAAAAUGGAGCACACGAUAUCGGCGUGUUGGCAGAAGCAUUUUCCUUUGCUGACCUUGAGGAAUGCUAUGGCAGAGAACACUUUAUUGCCAAAUCGAACACCGAAUGCCUCCCAAUUAAGAUGAUCACUGUCUCACCAGAGCUGGGCGACAUGAUGUCCCUUAUACCUGAGCUAGCUAGACGACGGAUCAUAUGUUCUAUUGGGCAUUCGGAAGCAACAUAUGAAGAGGCUCGCAAAGCUAUGGAUCAGGGGGCUUCUAUGGUUACUCAUCUUUUCAACGCUAUGAGACCCCUACAUCACAGAGAUCCAGGCAUCAUUGGGCUACUGGGCAACAACGCAUUGCCGCAUGAGCACUUUUUCGGGCUCGUUGCCGACGGAAUUCACUUGCAUCCAAUGGUAAUCAACCUUGCCAUCAUCUCACAACCAGAUAAGUGCAUAUUAGUCACCGAUGCUAUGCACUUGUUGGGACUUCCUGACGGGGUAUACCCUUGGACAAACGGCGGCUCUACAUACAAUAUUACAAAAUCCGGUGCUAAACUGCUUCUUGCCGACUCGGACAAAAUUGCUGGCAGGUGA